GUGCAAGAUUUUUGAUCAGCGACGGACCUGCCUACGCCUCCAAUAACAUCACUUGGCGGCAUAAGGCCUCCAGGCCAUAAAAUGGCAACUGCAAUAUUGGAUUCAGCGUUAAUACUGGAUGCUUGUCAGUACGCAAUAUUUGGAUCCGAUUGCCAUACGGGCGUGAUACACACUUUUAAUCGGGCCGCCGAGUGCCUUACCGGCUUUGAUUCGUCGGAAGUCAUCGGUAUCUUGUCUCCACUUCAUUUUUUGGACCCAGCGGACGUUCAGGCGUAUAAGACAGUUCUAUCGCAGGCCCAACGCUGUGGAGUGCCACAAGAACUUGCCGCUACGUAUAUUCGAAAAGACAGCUCGCGUGUGCCUGUGAAGCUCUCUGUUAACUGUGUCGGCGCCUCACGCUCUCGUGACGCCCCUAUCGUUGGGUUCGUAGCGGUGGCUGUUGAUAUGUCUGAACAGAAGCGCAUGGAAAAGCAAAUGCGCGAGCUAUCGACGGCAAUGGAGAAUGCAGUGGAAGGAAUAGCUCGUGUGGACGUAAAAGGGCAUUACACUCUUGUAAAUAAAGCAUAUGCAGCAACACUGCUGUAUGAUCCCGAGGAGCUGAUUGGAAAAAGCUGGGAGUCCACGUUAUACCGUGACUCAGAAGAAAAAGUCAAUGAAGCAUAUCGAAGCAUGAUCAAAGAAGGAAGAGGGGUGGCAGAAGUGCGUGCGGUGCGACGGGAUGGGCAGACGUUUUACAAAGAAGUAACGCUGGUACCAUGCUACGACGACGAUAAAGGGGAAAUUGUCGGACAUUAUUGUUUCAUGAGAGACAUCACAGACAGAAAAACACAAGAGGAAAGUCUUCGCAUCAGCCAGUUACGUCUCCAGGAGGCCCAGGCAAUCGCUCAUCUCGGAUCGUGGGAAUAUAAUGUUGCGACAGGCUCCAUAAGUUGGAGUGACGAACUUUGUAGGAUAUUUGGAAUAGAACCCACCGAACGCAGUGGUAGCAAGAACUUUGGCAUGGAGGAAUACAUGCAGCUCCUGGUGGACGAAGAUCGACCAUUGAUAUUAUCUUCCAUUGACCAGUGUGUGCAAACAGGAACUCCUUAUGAGGUGGAUCAUCGUAUACGACGAGCGGAUGGGCAUGUCCGCGUCCUUUGCGGACGGGGCCGUGGUAUUAUGGAUGCAGAAGGCCGUCUGACCAAGUUGAUAGGCACAGCACAGGAUGUGACGGAACAAAAACAAACAGAGCGUGAACUUAUUGCGGCAAAAGAAGAGGCCCUGGAAGCAUCGAGACACAAAUCUGCUUUCCUACGGAAUAUGUCUCACGAAGUUCGAACUCCAAUCAAUGGCAUUACCGGAAUGACGUCCUUGCUAUUGCAAACGAAUCUUACACCUGAGCAAGCGGAGUACGCCAAUGGGAUUCGAGCGUCUGCUAGCGUUCUUUUGACGGUGGUUAACGAUAUCCUUGAUUUCAGUAAAGUUGAAGCGGGGAAGAUAGAACUGGAACGAAUCCCGUUCACAAUAGCAGAAGUGGUUGCCGACGUAGCACGCAUGACGUCAUGCGUAGCGGAGCCUAAAGGACUGGCCCUCGAAGUUGAAGUGACCGAUGAAGGACAGACGCUUGUGAUAGGAGAUCCAAAUCGUUUGAGUCAAAUACUCAUAAACUUGACAAACAACGCAAUCAAGUUCACUGAAAGGGGAAAGGUGACAAUACGGGUCCGCCGAAUAUCAGCAUUAAGAAAACCUCUCUCACGCGCGGCAAGUGAGGUUGGCGAUAGUUUAGAUGGAACAGAUAGAUCACAUAGCGAUGACAAUCAAAGAGAGGCCCACCCUUCAAGCAUACCUUUCCUGUUCGAGGUAAUUGAUACUGGGAUUGGAAUAUCACCGGAAGCGCAGAAACGGCUCUUCGUGCCUUUUUCGCAGGCAGACUCGUCAACAACCAGGAAAUUUGGGGGAACAGGGCUGGGGCUCUCGAUUUGUAAAUCGUUUGUUACAUUGAUGAACGGGUUGAUCGAUGUGGAUAGUACGGAGGGUCAUGGGUCAAGGUUCUACUUUAUGGUCGAGUUCCCUGUCGUGGAAUCAAAUCAUCCGAAUCCUCCACCCAAUGGCUGCGUGACAGCGGCCUCCCACAGUCCUUUUACCAGCAACUCAACACUGACGGACGGGCCAGAAGCUACCGAAGCUCUAACCUCAGAUGACAAAUCAACUUUGCGGAUCCUUGUCGUCGAGGACAAUGAUAUGAAUCGAUUGAUAUGCGCUAAAAUGUUGCAAAAACUGGGCUAUGCGCAAAUAACACUUGCUGUAAACGGCAAGGAAUGUAUUGAUUUGAUAAAAGCUGUAAGCGCCGAACGCUCGUCGUCGAAUCCCUCGUCACAUUCCAAUAUGUCUGCCUUCGACGUAGUACUAAUGGAUUGCCAGAUGCCUAUAAUGGAUGGAUUUGAGGCUACUCGUGAGAUCAGGGCCAAACACCUUUUGGAUGAAUAUGUGCCCAUUAUUGCAUUGACGGCUAAUGCCUUAGAAGGAGAUAGAGAGAGAUGUCUGGAGAGUGGAAUGGACUUCUUUCUCACAAAACCGGUGGUAAUGGAAGAUUUAAAUAUCAUGGUACAGACGGCGGUGAGCGUAGCCAGAGAGAAACGGCACUCGAUUUUGUGAUAUGACAUACCUUUUUGGAACUGGAUUUCAUGUAGAUACCUUACUGUAGAUAGAAUCUAGAGACUGCACUCUUAUUUGGGUCACCAUAUCGGGGAUAAAUUUGUGAUGAAAAUAUUCAAUUGCGAACAUGACGAUCUGCGACGCUCUGGGAGCAGAAAGUUCUGCUAUUUGAUGCAAAGUAAUAGGGG